AUGAUGCUCAUAAAUUACUCAAAAGGAGAAUCAGUGCAAUGCUUUGAUUACUAAUUUCCCUAAGCUCUUGGCUCACCAACCACUUUUGAUGAAUCAUCGCUAUUUUACACUCUUGAUGUAAGUCCAAGUGGCUAUAUUAUAGCAGGAGGUGCCUCAAAUGAAACCAAUAUAGUCAACAGUAUACAAACUCCCAUAAUGGUCUAAUACAAUAGCAAAGGAUAAUUGAUGUGGGCAAAGUAGAUUGUUUCAGGUGGAUACUAAUACGUAUCUAAUAUAAGACAUAUGAAUGAUAAUUAUAUUGUAGCAGUCUUAUCUGCUUGGGGUCCAAUUCCAAAUAAAGUGAUUACAUUAGCGCUAUUUGCAACUAAUCCUUUAACUUUCAUUAAAACAAUUGUUGAUGAUAAUCUGUCACAUUACGCUUUUUCUGGAGCUGAUUCAAUUAUUUUUGAAUCUGACAGUGUUUUUAACUUUGUUUACUCUGACAACAAUGGAGAUUUAAUCCUUACGAAAUUUUAAAUUGAUGGAAGUAAAAUGACAUUAGUUGUUUCAGCUAAAUAUGAACUAGAAAACUCAAAUUACAAAUGGUAUCCUGGUUCGAUUACAAUUAGCAGUUCUAACUUGUACAUAUCUGGUUAAGCUGAAACAACAAAUUAUUAUGGCUGGCUAUCAAUGUUCAGCUUGAGCACUUUUAGCGAGAAGUUUUCUGUUAGUUUUACAGGUUGGUACUCUGACUGGUUUAUUUAGAAGAUCAAAUACUACAAAGACAUAUCAACAGGUUUAAGCUAUAUUUAUGGAUGCUUAGGUUCUCAAUAAGCUGGUUUAGUUAAAAUUGAUGUAACUAGUUCUAGUAAUAUUAAAGGAAAGUGGUACCCUACUGCAAGCUUUGUCACUAAAACUUAUGCUAAUAGCAAAGCAUUUUUAAAUAGAUUGCUUACUAGUGACACAGGAAGUAAUGCAUAGACAAUUGAAAAGACUUUAGGAAUAUCUUAUUCAACUUUCGAUUUUAACACAUUCAAUCCAUAUUAAAAAAAUAAUACUCACUUAUACACAGAUUCAAAAGUCAUGUUAGCCUUAGCAGAUUUAAAAAUUUCAUCUGUUUUAGAUAUUACUCCCUACUAUUCCCCUAAGAAAAUUGAUAUGACAGUCCCUUAAUUUGUAAUUCCUGACUACUUUAUAUUUUCUGAUCCAUUAUCAGUAGUUAUUCCAACAUUUAUGCAAACAGAAUGUAAUGAUGCUAUUAUCAAAACGUCAAUAAUAUCUAAUUUGCCUAUAUUUAUGACCUUUGAUGGUAAUUACAAACUUACUAUCUCCUCAAACGAUUUGACAAAAGCAGGAUCUUACAUACUAAAAUUUAGACAAACAAUCCAAUAAAAUAGCUAAUACUUAGAUGGUCAGUUUACAUUCAAACUUAUAAAUCCUUUUUAUACACAAAUUCAAUGUGGCAAUAACCAAUACACACUCUUAACAGUAGAUGAUUUAGAACUUGAUUCAUCACUAUUUACUUAUGAAGCAGGGACUAAUAAAUUGACUAUUAAUAGCUAAGAUUUAAACAUGAAUGGACAAUCAAAAACUCUCAAAUUAAAUGGAGUUGAAACCAAAGAUAAUGGUUAUAUUAGUCUUGAUGAGGCUAAUAAUCAAAUAAUAAUAUAUUCAGCUUCAUCUAGUGCAAUAGGCACUCAUACUGUAAAGUUAUAAGGUUCUCUUUUAGCAUAUCAGUUAAGUGAAACAAUACAGUUUCAGGUAAUAAUAAAACCUAAUAAUAAAUUUGCUCCAAGAUUUAGUGUUGAUAUUCCUUGGUCUUUAACUCUAUUGGCUCCAUCUAAAAAGAUCAUUGGACUUCCAGAUAUCAUUGAUGAUGAUGGCGAUUCUUUUCAUGUUUAAAUCACUUAUGGUAAGACUAAGCAAUUCUUAAGUUAUAUCUCAGGAGCAAUCAGCAUUUCAGCCUUAGCAUCAAAUGUAGGUGAAUAUGAUUUCAGCAUAACUUUAACAGAUGAUAAUCCAGUGCCUCUAAGUCAAACCUAUAAAAUACACUUAAGCAUUAUAUUGGAGUAAGCAUCUGUAAAUACUCCUGCUACUACUACUGAAACUAAUAAUUCUACAAACUCCUCAGCCCAGAAUACCUCCUCCUCUUUUAUCUUAAACGUUAAUAGCAAAGUCAAAUCUGACAAUGGUAAAAAAGUAAGCUAUUAAACUGUUGAGAAGUCAUUAAAAGCUUACAUUUCAAGUAUUUCAAUGAUGGGUGAAGUAGACAUCAAGUUUUCAGAAAGGAUUCUUGAUUAAAGUGAAUCUGAAUUAUAAAAUCAAACUGCUCUCAGUCUUAAGUUAGAUUCUAAAAUUCAAAGCAUGAAGAAUUUCAUAAAAACUUGGGAAAUAAUUUCUGUUACAAAUACUGGAAUUAAGAUUUAGGUGACUUUUAAUGAGCCCUUAUUGAAAGAUGACCUGAAGGUAGAGUUUUUGAAGCCUUAAUAUUUUAUUGCAGAAACAUUGAAAAGUGCUUUGCCCUAAUAAUAUACCAUUAAAAAGAGUGUUCCACCACAAUUACCUAAUAACGGUAAAAUUAAUUUUGAUUAAAAAUAUCAGCCUAGACUGCAGCACUUCAAUCAUUUGGCUCAUCUUCAAGCAGCACAUUAGUAGGCUCAAUUCCUUCAAACUUCAUUUUAUUUGCUUAAAGUCUCAAAGAUAUCUCAAACCUUAACAUCAUCCCUAAAGAGUAUAUGUCUCAGCUAAUAGGAAUAUUUUAAGGCGACAAUGAUGGUUAAGAGGAUAAUAUUGAUGAUGAUGAAAUUUGACUUUAUGAGUACAAUAGUAACGACAUUAAUGGGUUUUUUCAUUCUAGGAACUCCAUAUGUGACCUAUGCAUUCCUAGCAAGAAAUUAAUAGAUGUUGUCUUAGGAUUAGUUUUAGACUAAGUUUGGAACAAUGUACAUGAAUUUAAAAACAACAGAAGUUGCUGUGUUUUACCCUACUAUAUUUUUUACAAGAAGAUUACUAUUUGCUGUUUCUAUCUGUUUCAUGGAUGAGCAUUCUGCUUUGCAAUUGACUACUCAAAUAAUAAUUAGUAUGGGUUUUAUGAGCUUCAUCUUCCAAUAACAAUUGAUGACUUUGCUGAUGAUCUUAUUUGUUGUUGUUGGGUUUACAAUAAUAGCUAACUGGUGUAACUUAAUUUAUCAUAAUGCAGUGAGCAUUUUAAAUGGAAUUAAGAAAUUUAGAUAGAAACGAAAGCUUGAAAAAAAUGCUUUGAAAUAUAAUAUAUAUCAAUCAAGUUUAUAUAAUCUCUCAACACAAAUAUCAAACAAGAAUUCCAUAUAUAUCGAAUAGCCAGCUAAUAUUAAGCCUAAUAGUUUUUAGUCCAUCUAGAAAAAUUUCAAUCUCUAACCUUCAAUUGAUUUUACAAUUGAUAAAACGAGAUACUCAUCCUCUGAAUUAAAAAAAGAUGAAUAAUAAAAAAGGCUUAAUCAAGAAUUUGAAAUAUAGAAGAGUGUUAAAAAACAAACUAACAGAAAGAAAUAGACUGAGAAAAUUAGAACAUUAUAGAAAUAAUAUCAUUAAAUAUAAUAAAGUAGAUACAACUAGUUAGACUAAAUAAUUAAUAAUGGUAGCAAUACAUCUUAAAAAUAAGAUAAUAUUUAAGAGAAAAAUCUAAAAGUUAUUGAUAUAGAAGAAUCGAAUUUGGCUUAAAAAUAAAUUCCUUUCCUAAAAAAAUAAGUUCAAGAGAACUAUAAUGGGUAUGACAUUUUUAGAUUUAAUGAAAUAAAUGAUGAAGCAUUUUAAAGUCCAUUUGAAAAGUCAACGACAAUUUAAACUAAACAAAAAAGCUUUUAAAGAUACUGA